CGCGACGACGACCGCUCAGGGUCCGACGUCGCCGCGGAGCGCGCACUGACGGCAUCGCGAAGCGCCCGCCGCCGGCGACGGCGCGACGCGAGAGGGCGAGCGAGAGGGCGAGCGCCCUCGUCGGCCGGCGAAUCGAAUCCGUCGUCGAUUUGCUGCUGAGCAAUUCGAGCACUCUGCGAAGAACCACGACGACGAUGUCGCCCGAAACCACGCGACGGACGGGGGACGGCGUCCGUUAGAAGACAAUAAUGACGGAGACGACGCGCGCGCCGACGCGAAGACGCGCGCAUCGCGCGUUAUGCGGCGACGCGGGGAGGACGACGGAGGACGCAGCGUCGCGCCCGACGCGAACGACGAAGCCGCGGCGCCGUCGCGAGGACGAUGAUGGCACCGGGCGUCUCGCGCGGUGGCUCGGACCGAUCCUCGCGACGACGGUGUUCCUCGCGACUGCGGGAAGCGCGAACGCGCAGGCGCCGCCGUUCGCGCUGUCGUUCCCGCCGCCGAACCCGGCGCCGCCUCCGACGCCGUCGUUCGUGUCGCCGCCGCCGAACGCGCCGAGCCCGCCGCCCGCGCCGAGCCCGCCGCCGAGCCCGCCGAGCCCGCCGCCGCCGCCGAGCCCGCCGCCGCCGCCGCCGAACCCGAGCCCGCCGCCGAGCCCGCCGCCGCCGCCGCUGCCUCCGCAGUGGGCGGAGACGUUCCCGAGCCGCGACGCGAACGGCGAGUUUUGCGUGCAAGAUCUGGAGACGUACGCGACGGGAACGGCGACGGCGACGUACGGAUCCGUCGCUCGAAACGCGUUUCCCGUCGCGAGCUUUCAGGAUUCAAACUCGCACGUCCCCGCGGAGCCGACGAGCCUCGCGACGAUCGCGGACGUGGACGCGAACCCGGACCAACCCCGCGCGAGGCAGCUCGGCGGGUGCCCGAGCGAGCACGCGGUGUGCGUCUCGAGCGGCUACGGAGGCGAAUACGAGUGGCGCGACGUCUUGCUGGAAGGGGCGGACGGGCAGAGGGGGUGGGGCGGCGACGGGUGGGGCGAGCACCACCUCGAGACGAUCGUGUACCAGAAGAUGCAGCUGUUCAACACGGACUUUUACCGGCUGCGUUUCGUCGACGGACACGUCGUGUUGGCGCCGGGCGCGACGUGCUCGGACGCGCGACGCGUCGCGCAGACGUGCCCGGACCGCUACGACGCGAACGACGUCCUCGUGCCGGACUGGGAGUACCAGCAGGAGCUGCAUUUCAACAACACCCUGGAGUGCUGCGGCGGGGAGAUUUUGACGUUUCCGGGAAAGCCGCCCGGGGAUAUAAUAGGCGCGUACCCGCCCGGGCGGUGGGCGCACGUCAAGGUGACCGCGUCGCUGGAGACGCCGAGCGCGGAGCCGAACGUCAUGGGCAAAAUAUUCGUGGUGAAGGCGGAGGUGCACUUCCAGGGCGUGGAGGUCAGCGCGGGGUCGGUGUACUCGUACGUGCGUCUGCCCGAUCGGAUCGGGCCGCUGCGGGUGGCGCACAAGGCGGAGAUGCGAACGUUUUACUCGCCGCCGCCGCUGCCGCCGUUCGCGCCGGGGUACGUGAGCCCUCCGAGCCCGCCGCCGCCGCCGUUCCCGCCGCCGCCGCCGACGCCGAGCCCGCCGCCGUUCCCGCCGCCGGAGAUGCCGCCGUUCACGCCGCCGGGGGUGAACAACCCGUACACGUACCCCCCGCCGAGCCCGCCGCCGAACGCGCCGAGCCCGCCGCCGAACCCGAGCCCGCCGCCGAGCCCGCCGAGCCCGCCGCCGCCGCCGAGCCCGCCGCCGCCCAACUGGGACACGUUCGAUUACCACCCGCCCGCGUGCGUGGACUCGGUGUACGUCUCCAUCGGGCGAACCGUGCAGAUCGUGGAUAACCCGCAGGUGCCGGUGCCGCAGCAGACGACGACGGCGACGUGGGAACGCGUGGUGAUGUCGUCGAAACGGUUCGAAGGGCCGGUGGCGACGACGGAGAAUUUCCUCGAGCUGGGGUACGUGUCGUUGGAGAAGGUGAAGCGGCUGUCGACGACGAUAUCGAACGUGAAGUGCAUCAACCCGUUCGUGUCGCUGCAGUGGCACGUGUUGACCGCGCCGGCCGCGUCGAUACCGGUGAGCUUCGACGAGAACGCCGUCGUCGCGCUGCCGCCGCCCGCCACCGGCCGCGCGCCGCCGCCGCCGUCGCCGCCGCCGCCGCCGCCGCCGGACUUGGACCAGGCGAUCGCGGAGUUUUGGAGAGACGACUACAACCGAGGGCGCGCGAUAAGCACGAACACGCAGAUCUCCCUCCGGCCCGACGGCCCGGGGACGUACACGCUCUCGGUGAGCGCGAUCGGGUCGUGCGUCGGGCAAAACAGCAGCAGCACGGCGAGCCUCGUCGUGCUCUGCAACCGAGCCCCGAUCCCGGACGCGACGGUCGCGGUCCUCGACGACGUGACGCUCAGGGGCGAACUCGACGACUUCACCCCCGGCGUCGCGUCGCCGCCGAGCCCGCCGACGGCCCCGCCCGCGCCCGCCGCGGCGCCGCCGCCGCCGUCGCCGCCGCCCGUCGUCGUCUUUUCGCCGCCGGGAUUCGCGGCGCCGCCGCCGCCGCGGGUCCGCGCGCCGCCGCCGCCGCCGGAGCUCACGCACCUCACGCCGAUGCCGGACGUCCCGAGGUGCUUCAAGAAGAUCGAGUUCGACGCGUCGCCGUCUCGAGACCCGGAGGGCGACUCGUUCACGUCGAAGUGGUCGCUCGCGAUGGCGCCGCGAGCGUCCAAGCUCAACGCGCAUCCCGAUCCCGAGGACGCGCACGCGUCUUUCGAUCAGGAGCUUCUCGUCGCGACGCUGCGCCCCGACCGCGAGGGCGAGUACCGCGGCGAGAUCGAGGUGUACGACGGCUGCGCGAGCGCGGUGACGGCGUACUUCGAGGUGACCGUGGUCUGGGACGAGACGUGCGUGACGGACGCGGAGACGAACAUGACGACGCUCGCCGCGCCGUUGGGCGUCGCGCUCUUCGUGUUGCUCGUCGUCGCCGCGACGAGGCUGCCGCCGCUGCGAUGGACGCACCCGCGGCAGGUCACGCUCGACGCGCGCGCUGCGGCGGCGGCGAGGAAGACGGAGGAGGAGCGGCUCAUCGCGCACGCGGAGGCGAUCGUGGACGGGCCGCGUCUGCGCGCGAAGGCGGAGGCGGACGCGAUCGAGGGGCGGAAGCGACGGCGAGCGCGACGCGACGCGAAUAAGGAAAUUUUGUUUCGCGCGGUGCCUCCGCGGGAGGCGAAUAAGGGCGUGACCGCGCGCACGCGCGGCCUCGGCGACCGCGAGCCCGCGAACGAGCGCGAGCGCAAGGUGAUGAUGCUCGCGGUGAAGUACGCGUCCGUGGGUGAUCGAUACCGCGCGCUGAAGACGCUUCUCGGCGAUUACUUCGCGGAUUUCGCGGACACGAUGACGCGCGCGCCGACGCGCGUGUUUUUCAAGUGCAGAUCCACGCUCGUGAAGAUUUGGAUGUGGUUCUUCCACGUCCCCGGCGGGUGGAUGGGCGUGAUUUUGCGAGCGCACUUGAUCCUCGAGCUCCCCGCGCUCGUCGCGGUGUUCAUCCGCGACGCGUGCCCGCCGUUCGCGCGCGACGGCGGCGGCGUGAGCGCGCUCGUGAACACGCUCACGCCCGCGAUCUUUUUGGGACCGAACAUGACGCGGGAGGAAACGUACACGUCGCUGUCGUUUCUCACCGGCGCGGCGUUCAUGACGUUCGGCGGGCCCGCGCUCGCGCGCGUUGCCAGGUAUUUCGCGCGGAGGGCGUGGAAGAAGGUUUGGGAGAACGCGGACGUCGUCGAGAACGGCGGCGUCCUUCCGAAGAUUUCCCGCAGAAAAGGCGAGACGAGAAAAGACGGCGAACGCAAGGCGAUCAAAGACCGCCAAGAGCGCAUCCGCAAAGCCGGGUACGCGAUCCCGAAAGAGAUGUGGGAGAACGGCACGGACGCGCAGACGUUGAAGUGCCUGGACGACCACAUCGACAACGCGGCGAUACAGAGAGUCAUUCAAGAGCGCGAGGACGACGAGGUCAAGAUGGAAGAUUACGCGCGGCUCGCGAUGCGACACCGCCGCCGCGCGCGUCGGUACGAGCGCCUGUCGAGGCUGCUCGUCUUCACCGGCGUCGUCGCGAUCGCGGUGCUCGCGACGAUCGGAUUCUUCCCGUCCGUGCACGUCGGCCUCGCCACGUUGAUUCCCAUGGCACACGACCACGCGCGGCCGUGGGUCUACUUCGCGCGUGACCCGGCGAUUUUUUUCUUUGGCGUUGACCACCUGACGCUCGUCGCGAGCGGCUUUUUCGUCGCCUUCGCCGCGUUCGCGUGCGCGGUGUUCCGCGCCAACGCGACCGCGAACGAGGUCGUGACGUUGCGCCCGCAGCCCGCGUUCGAGAUGAUCGCGGUCGUCGCGAAGACGGUCAUCGCGGGCGUGGGCGUGUACUGGGAGGGGCAGAUUGGCAAGGAGCCCGUCGCCGCCGCGCGCGAGGGCGUCGUCGAGUUCGCGUGGACGCACGACGUCGUCGUCACGAUGUUCCUCCUCGCGCUGUUGGGGUGCCACGUCGGCAUGCAAUCCCUGCGCGGCGACGCGUCGGGGUGGAACCAGUGGCGCGCGGCCGCGUACGCGGGCGCGGCGUGGACGGGCGUGCUGUCCAUCGCCGCGAAGGCGAACGGGCAAGACCCGGACGUCGCGUUGAUGUUUUUGAACGAGCCAUCGAUCGCCGGCGGCGGCGCGCCGGCGAGCGCGGGGGACGCCGCGACCGGGAACGAGAUGACGUGGCGCGCGGUCCUCGCCGGGACGCUGCCCGUCGUGAUGUACCUCGCCGCGGCGCUGAACAAGGCGCUGUUCCGGCACGUGUGCCUCGCGGAAGAGGUGGCGCGGCCGCCGUCGGCGAUCAAGCGAAGCCAGACUGACGUCAGCGGGGAGGAGAGCGCGCGAAAGAAGACGCAGACGCGCGCGGGGAUGGGGAUGUCCAAGAAGGCGUCCAAGUACGCGACGUCGAGCGAGCCGAACACGCCGAAGACGACGAAGAAGUCCGUGGGGUACCACACCGACGACGACGACGCGGACGACGUGGAGGCUGGCGGCGCGACGAGUCAGCCCGGGAUCGCGACGCGGCGGCGAAGCGCGUUGUCGAGAUUUUUCAGCUUCGGCGGCGGCGUGAACAAGACCGCGGACGCGUUCGACGACGACGCUCCGGGUCCCGACGGUUCGCCUUCCUCGCCGCGGUCGCCGUCUUCGAAACGUCCAAACGGGGGCGACGGUCGCGGCGGGAAACGAACCGCCGUGGACUUCGCGCGAUCGAAGCAUCUCCGAGACCGCGUCGUCGCGUGGCUGUGCGAAUUUCAACGCCUCGCGACGUACGAACGCGAGCUCGUCGCGAAAAUCACCGAGGCGAAGACCGGGACGCCCGCCGUCGCGAUCGCGGCGACGGAGGAGCUCCUCACGCUCGCGGAGGUUUUGCUCGCGGACCCCGAGCUGUGGAUACGCGCCGGCGCGGACGACCUCGCGCACCACGCGUUGACCGCGUUGACGCGAGCGGCGGGCGCGGCGGCGAUUCGCGACCCGGCGCUGGCGUGGCGCGCCAUUCCGUGGAUCCUCAAGGCGCUCAAAUCACCGAUUCCGUCGCUGCGCGCGUCCGCCGCGGAGGCGGUGACCGAGCGCGACUUCGCGACCGCGACCGCGGCGCUGCUGUUCCACAGGCACGACGUCGGGCUGAAACGCCCGAGCGCGUUCGAAUGGCGACGCGUCGUCGACGCGCUCUUCGAGGACCCCAUCUUGUUCACAGCGCAAGAUUUAGAGGACACCGGCUUGGCGCGCGAGGAGCAGCUCGAGGCUGCAUGGCGCGGGGACUGGAUCGUGCCGUGGCCGGUCAUUCAGCGCGGCCGCGCGCGGACGAUCCUCGAGAUGGACGUCGGCGGCGACGACGGCGCGGUCACCGGCUCGGGCGACGUCGCGUUGCAUCGCGCGUUGGUCGAUUUGGAUCCCACCGGAGAAGCCGUCGGGGGCACCGCGCUCGUCGCGGCGAACGGCAAAAACCGCCCCACGAACGUGUCCCUCGGGCAGCUCCGCGAGCGCGUGCGACGCGAGGAGCUUCAGCGCGCGCGCGCCAAGAUGCUGGAGUCCUCCGCGACCGGGGAGAUCAGCGACGAGGAGGAGAUGUACACGAUGCGCACGCGCGCCGACGCCAUGUCGGCGGAGGAGCUGUCGACGUUCCGACCGGACGUGCUCGCGCGGAGAGACGCGGAGGACGCGGAGGCGGAGAGCGGGCGGCUCACGGACCUGGAGCUCUUCCUCUCGCGGCUCCGGAGGUUCAAGCCGCCGGCGCCGAUCGACGCGGGUUUCAACGCGGUCAAGAAGGUGGCGCUGUCGAUCGGCGCGAGCGCGGCUUUGAAGCGCGCGAGGGCGGCGCACGACGCGACGCGGCGAAAGCGCGCCAAGGCGCUGAUGGAGAACCUUCUGGACGCCGCGCUCGGCGGCCGCGGGGACGAGGUGAAACGCUUCGCUGGCGACCGUUUGUGCCUCCCCGUCGGUUCCGAGGCGUGGAAGCAGAAGGAAGCCAAGGACGCGGCGGCGAGAGCGGCGGCGAAGGCGCUCAAGGGUGUGGACCCGCACGCGCGGCCGCCGACGCCGCCCAAGGGCCAGAAGGGCCUCGCGAAACCAAUACCCAAAUCCGCGGCGGUGACGUCCAAGGACAAGGGCAAGACCGCGGAGGAAGAGGCGGAGGAGACGCGCCUCGCGUCGCGCCCCGCGAGCCUCCCCGCCCCCGGCGCCGCGGCCGCGAUGCGCGCGUGCGGCGAGCUCGUCGACCGCCCCGGCGGCGCGCCCGCGUUUUUGCACGGCUCGAAGCGUUUCGUCGCCGCGGCGUUGCGCGCCAGCGGCGGCUCGGAUCGCCCGCCGGGCGUCGUCUCGCGCGCGGGCGUCCUCGUCGGCGGCGUCGUCAAUCGCCGCCGCCUCCGCGGAACGUUGCUCAGGCGCCUCGGCGAGGUGUGCGCGUCGCUGGAGGAGGACUGGGACGCGAGCGACGAGCUCCGCGAGGACCCAGACGCGGAGAACCUGGCGUUGCGGGCGAUCGAGGCGACGCGCCGCGCGGCGACGUUCGCGCUGAAGGACCGCCGCGCUUCCGCGUCGCUCGCGAUUCUCGUCGCGGAGGCGACGCGCCGCGGCGACGUCGACGCGCUCGAGGGCAAGACGGGUCUCGCGAAGAACGCGCUGGGGUUGAAGCUCCGCGCGCGCGCCGCCGCGGACGCCGCGAGGGCGACGGAUAAGUCAUCCGUCGCCGUCGCGGCGCGCGGCGUCGCGGCGCUCGUCGGCGACCGUUCCCCGCAGGUGCGCGCCGGCGCUUGUGCAGCGCUGAGCGAGCUCGCGAAGCUCCUCGUCGCCGCGGAGGCGACGUCCGCGGCGGGCGACGUCGCGCGGCGCGUCGGCGACGCGGACGACGACGCGCGCGGCGCGGGGCGCAUCCCGCGGAUGCGUUGGACCGUCGACGACGACGACUUUGAAACCGGACGCGGGCCGGGCGACGACGACUUGGCGCCAGAGGACGAGUACCCGGAGGAUGAUCCGUACGGCAUCCACGAGCGAAAGGGCGACGACGACGACGUCGUCGUGGACGUCGGUCGCGGCGGAGGCGUCCGCCUCCCCGGCCGCGCGACGACCGCGGCGAAGGCGCUGGACAGCGCGUGGUGCGUCGACGCGUUGACGGCGGCGAUCGCGCGCGACCCGGACGCGCACGCCAAGGACGCGAUCCUCGAGGCCAAGGCGUGCGCGCGAUUCGCCGCGGGGAGGUACAAGGUGGGCGGGAUCGUCGGCGCGCACGUCGCGGUGUGGGCGGCGCUGAACCCGGAUCAGCCGCUGCCGACGUUUGUCGACGCCGUCGCCGAGGCCAAGGCUGGCGAGCUCGCGGCCAAGGUUGCGGCGGCGCGGCCGCCGAAAAGACGCGAGCACGCCGCCGCGCCCGGGUUGGUUCGAAACGACCUCCGCGACUUCACCGCGCCGGAACACGACGAGCGCACGCCGGAGGAGCUCGCGGACAGCGCGUUCGAGGAGGUGCACCGGCUCGCCGCGGCGGCGACCGCGGAGGCGAUGCGCGCGCAUCACGUCGGAGGCGAGGGGCGCCGCGCGGGCGCGCAGGAGGGCGCCGCGGAGGCGGUUGAUCGAGCGAAACGCGCCAAGGAGGUUGAAAAAGCGCGGAAGAAAGCGCUGCGCGACGCGGGCGCGCGGGAUCCGAGCGACCCGCGGUACGCGGACGCGGUCGCGGAGGCGGACGCGAAGAUCGCCGCGGCGUUCGGCGACGCGCCGGGGGAAUACGGAACGUCAACCGUCGCGUCGGCGGCAAUGCGAUCGCCGCCGCGGGAGGAACUCUCGGCGGCGGCGACGCUCGCGCGCGGCGGCGGGCCCGACCCGGCGACGAUCCAAGCCGUGAAGGACAUGCUCGCGCGGAGCGUCCAAAGGCAGCACGAGGCGACGCACACGAACGCGCAGGCGCGCAUUGCGAACGUGUGGCGCGAAGCGCGCGUCAGGGACGAAGCGAAGCGCGCCGGAGGCGCCGGCGCCGGAGGACGAGACCCUCCGUCCGGGGCGUCCUCCGCGAGAGACAUGUACGCCUCCUCAUCCGACGCCGUCGGCCCGCCUCGCCCCGUGCGCGCGCCCGUGGAGGUGUACCACGGCCUCCGCAACCCCGACGGCGAGCGCGCGGCGAUCGACGACGACCCGCUCGCGGUGCGGCGGUCCGUGCGCGGCGGCAGGAUCGAGCUCACGUCCGCGGCGGCGGGGUCUAGGCCGACCAUCACGCGGCCGCGCGCGGCGGACGUGUUCGUGCGGCGAGCGCCCGAGCCGGAGCCGCGGUUGAACGCGCGCGUGACGGAGCGGCAGGAGGAGCGCGCGGCGAGGGCGAAGGCGAAGGAGGCGACCGCCGCGGACGUGUCGAAGCGGUACUUUGGAUCGGAGGGGUUCAAGCGCGGCGACGGCGGCGGCGGCGGCGGCGGCGGCGGCGGCGACGGAGGAAAAGGGCCGAAGACGCUGCAGCGACGCGACGGCAAGUGA